GGGAUAAGGAUCGGGAUAAGGAACACCGGCAGGGAGCAGGGAUAAGGAUCGGGAUGAGGAGCACUGGCAGGGACAGGGAUAAGGAUCCGGGAUAAGGAACACCGGCAGGGACAGGGAUAGGGACCGGGAUAAGGAACACCGGCAGGGACAGGGAUAAGGAUCCGGUAAGGAACACCGGUAGGAUAGGGACCGGGACACGGCCGGGAUAAGGAUCCGGGUGAGGAACACCGGCAGGACCGGGACCAGGACACAGCCAGGAUAAGAAAAACCGACAGGGACCGGGACAAGGAACAUCGGCAGGGACUGGGAUCCCAUGGAGCGGCCGCAGAAAGGAUCCGGUGGGUUUCCUGUUUGAGAGAAGAAUCAGAUUCAGUGAAGUGUGUGUGCAGAGCAGCUCCUGAAGAUAAUUGUCCCUGUCAGCAGAAUAAUUAAACAGGUUUGUGUUCGUGUGAAUCCCAUGGUUGCUGGGGAGAUGUCGGCAGUGGAGGAGGUGGAGCAGCAGCUGGCGGGGCUGCGCAUUGCCAGGCGCUGUGUGCCCAGCGAGGAGCCCGCCUACCUGCUGGACAUCCACACCUCCAGAGCUGCCCAGCCCGGGGCCAGCCCCCUGGUGGCCGUGUCCUGCUCCAAUGAGUCCCUCAGGGUGUACGACGGGGACACGCUGCGCCUCCUGCGCGAGUACGGCGCCCGCGGCGGGGUCCUGGCCGGCGUCAGGUUUGCACACACCUCUGCCAGCCUGGUGUUCUCUGCCUGCAGCCAGGGCACGGUGAAGUGCUGGGAUGUUCGCUCAGCCACGCAGAAACCAGUGCAGGUGUUCAGUGGUUAUCCCUCCAACGUCUUCAUCAGCUUCGACGUCAGCUGCAGCGACCUCAUCGUGUGUGCCGGGACGGAGAAGGUUGAAAAGGACACGUUUCUUGUGUUUUGGGAUGCAAGAGGCAUUACAGACUGUGCCAGUGCCACCAAAGAGCCCUUGGGAGUCUAUUCUGAGAGUCACAAUGAUGACAUCACCAAAAUCUGUUUUCAUCCUGUGGAACCCAAUUUGGUUGUGUCUGGCUCGACCGAUGGCUUGGUGAAUGUGUUUGACAUCAACAAGGACAAUGAAGAUGAUGCUUUGAUAUCCACUUGCAAUUCAGAUUCCUCAGUGAGUUCUCUUGGCUGGGCUGGGGAGGAUUACAAGCAGGUCUAUUGCAUGACACACGAUGAGGGGUUCUGCUGGUGGGACACGGCUCAGCUGGACACCGAGGAGCCAAUAACCCUGCUGCACGUCCUGGAUGCCAGAGAGUCAGUGAGCACUGAAAACCACAGCCUGCAUUACCUGGUGGGAGGCUUUUACCACGAGAAGGCAAGGAAACUCUUCCUGCUUGGGGGAGCCUCCACAGGAGACAUCCACGUGCUCAGCUGCAGCACCAAGGGCCUGAGCCUGGUGGGGACCCUGCGUGGGGGCCACGCGGCCACCGUGCGCUCCUGCUGCUGGAGCCCCACGGAGGAGUCUCUGCUGACGGGUGGAGAGGAUGCUCAGCUGUUGCUAUGGAAACCCGGGGCUGUGGAAAGGUCCCUCACAAAGAAAGCAUCUCUGAAGAUCUCUUCUUCCAUGCAGAAGAGAGUGAGAGUUCACAACACCUCCCUCAAAAGCAGGAAAAAGUGAAUUGCCUGAAGUGAGAAUCUCUGCUGUGUAGAGCCUUCCUGGUGUUUAAUCUCUCCAGGCAAUACUUGGUCGUGUUUUAUUUGGAGGUUUUCUGUGGAAAAAAACUGUGGUGCUUAAAUUCCCCCUGGGAAUGUAUUUCAGUCAUCAGAAGAAUGCCUUUUAUUUUUUUUUUAAGUUCCUAAUAUUAAUCAAACAAGAGUAAAUGUUUGCUCCUGAGUUCUUGAGCAACAGAUGCUAAAUCAUAUUAUAUAAAACUGUUUCUGUGGUUAUUUAAUGUCUCAGACAAUGUUUUAAAUGUGUAAUACAGGCCUAUGGCUUGCAAAGUUUGUUACCUUCCCAAUGAUAUUCCCUUGGCACAUUUUAACAGCUUUUGUAUUCCAUGCUGUAUCCUGCUUUCUUCACAGAAAACUUAAUGAAAUUGCUCAAUUUAGUAAAAGAUUUUAUGUCACAUCUUAA